ACAUAAUCGCAUACUAAGCGUGUGUGUGUAUGAGAGUGACAGAUUUGAGCUGAGACCCUCUGCUGUUGUGACUAACGUUAAGGUUACUUGUCAUCAGGACUGAGCCAGCUCUCUAACCUUUGUAAUGGACUCGCAGGUUGUUCUGUGACAGCCCAAUGUAGCUGUAUUUAUCCUUGGGGCUCCAGGAUCGGGGUAAAGGGGUCUCUUCCUCGUUCACAGCCGGGUACAGCAGUUUCAGCCGCUCGUUCAGCUCGUGUUCCUGAUAAUUAAAAGCAGGAUCCCCUAACGACAAGCUUCCCGCUCCAAGCUCUGCCAUUUUGGCCUCUGUUUUGUAUCUUAUUGUUCGUUUCUUUCUAUCCAAAGCCCCGUGUCAGUCCGCUUGAGCUGUAGGCUGAGAGUGAGAAAGACUGAGGGGAGAAAAUAGCAGCGGUGUGACAUCCCCGGAUAAGCAGCAGAACGUACUGUAGGCUGGAACAGUGCCGUUUGGGUACUGUAGUUCAGCCGCACGCUCGCUUUUAUGAUACGGUCCCUAAUAAUGACUACACACCUCCACUACCGUUGUCCUGGUUUAGGACGUCCAUCGAGAAAGACUUACAUAUGAGCAUAGACUACAAAAUGACACUGUCCAGACAUCAGAGGAAGGGCAAGAAGGAGAAAGUGCUGGUGCUGUUUCUGUCCAACCUGCAGCAAGAAAGUUGUGCUGGACAGGUAGCAGUUACAUUUAUGCAGGCCCGGGGAGAAAGCCUCAACUUCUGAUGCACUUGGAGAGCUAUGUGAACAAGGAGCUGCAUACAAUCAGCUCCCAUGAGCCAAAAUUUCAGGAACUGAAACUACAGGUCUACCGUGAUGUCUUUGGUUGUUUCCUCAAAGAGUUCAAAACCUACCAACCCCUUCUUUCUGGCAUCAAAAAGGAAUAUGAAAACACUUUAGCAUAUCUGCAGGCUCAAAUCCGAGAACUGGAACCACUGCGAUCCCAUCUGAGGAUUGUGACGGAGGAAUGUGACAGGAAGAUUCAAGCUCGCUGGGCAGAGGAGCAGGCUGAGAUUGGAGCCUUGAAAAGGGAGAAGCAGCAACUGCAGAGGCAUAUUGAGGCCAUGAGGGAGAAAGAAAAGGCCAUGGAGGCGGUGGUGGAGCGCCUGCAGUCUCAACUCUCCCAGCAGUAUCUGCAGUACAGGGAGGAGCGGGAUGCCCGCAAGCUGCUGAUCUGGCAGCUCGAUGACCUGACAAGAGGCUCUGUGAAGGAGGAGCAUCCUGCAGAUGACAACAUUGAGGCUAAAGACCCUGUGGGGCUGCAGCUGGCUCUGAAGGUGUGUCGGGAAGACCUGACCAAAGCCCAGGUGGAGCUCAACAGGAUGAAGGCAGAGUACUGGGAUGUCGUGCCGAGACGCAACUGGGACACCCUGGAACAAACACACAGACAGAACCUCCUGCAGUUGAAGACGCUGCAGGGUGACUUUGAUCAGUUGAAGAGGGAGUAUGACACCCUGCUGGAGCUCCACAAAAGUGGCAGCAUGCAGAAGAAGACACAGGACCCCAUCACUGUGCAGAUGGAUGAGAGUGUGUCCCAAGGGAAAAGCCAGAUUCAGUCUCACAACCUAAAAGACCUGAUCGACUCGGAUGCCCCUGAGAGCAGCACACUCACUGUCCAGGAGUUUAGGGCGGCUCUGAAGACAGCGUUCCCUCUGAAGUCAGAUGAGGAAAUAGAUGAACUUGUGGCCUCGGCUCAAAGCGAACCAAACAACAGCAAUGACACCAUCUCCUCUCAGAGACUCCACAGCCUGCUAGCAGAAGCUGGUGUGGCAGCCUUACCUCCAGCUCUUGAAUAAUCAGAAGAAAAUGCUGCAUCAAAUCCAUUUCAUGCCAGCAACUGUAUAAUGUUGUUAAUUUUAUUGAUUGUCAAUUAAGAAGGGCAUGUAAGAUAAAAAAAGGUAUAUAAUGGAACCUUUAUUCUUGAAUCACAGAUUAUCGAUUGCCCCACAAUACAUUUUUAACAGUUCCUGAUAUUUAAAUAACGUACUGUACAUGUACAUUAAUAUUCUCAAAAUCUGGAUAUGGAAUCAGUUGGGAUAUUUUUUGGUGAUUUGAGUGACCUGACCCUGUGAUGUUAUUUUAAACAGGUGUGUCUUGUAGAAUGGGUCAAUAUCCUGCCAAAUAAAAAUGAUCAAAACAUAAAUAAAUCACUAUAAAUGUA